AUGCCCUGCGAGACCCUGCCUUCCUCUUCUCUUUCCCCCCUCCACAAGUCCUCCUCCCCCUCCGCCCCGCCCAACCUGUCGCAGCCCCUCUCGGUGUGGAACGGCAGCGCCCCGUCCCCUCUCCCCGCGCCCCCGGCCCUGGGCAUGACCUGCGUCACCAUGGCGCUGGGCGCGCUCUCUAACCUGGCGGCGCUGUCCAUCCUGUGCCGGUCUUCGGCCCGCUCGCGGCGCCGCUCCAGGUCCCCGUUCCUCGUCCUGACGGGGGCCCUGCUGCUCGCCGACCUGAUGGGUCACCUGAUCCCGGGGGCGCUGGCGCUGCACCUCCACCUGGGCGGCGGGGGCGGGGGCGGGGGCGGGGGCGGGGGCGGGGGCCGGGCGGGGCCUGGCGCGAGGCUGUGCCGGCUGUUCGGAGCCUGCAUGGUGUUCUUCGGCCUCUGUCCUCUGCUGCUGGGCGGGGCCAUGGCGGUGGAGCGGUACCUGGGGAUCACCCGGCCCUUCCUCCACGCUGCCGUGGCGACCGCCAGCCACGCCCGGCACACUGUGGCACUGCUGGGCUCCCUGGCCCUCCUGCUGGCGGUGCUCCCUCUGGCGUCUGUAGGCAGCUACACGCCCCAGUUCCCGGGUACCUGGUGCUUCCUGCCCGUUCACUGCCCGCCCACCCCCGCUGACGCCGGCCUGGCGCUAGCCUUCUCCAGCCUGGGGCUCGCGGCGCUCACCCUCUCCCUCCUCUGUAACGCGCUGAGUGGGCUGGCUCUGCUCCAGGCCCGGCUGGCCUCCAGAGGCUCCCGGACGGACUACCUCAAGGGGGUGGGGAGGGAUCAACACGGAGUCACGGGCCAACCGGCUUUCCCCUCCCCCAUGCACUCGCUGGACCUGGAGAUGAUGGGGCAGCUAGCUGGGAUCACUGUGGUCUCCUGUGUCUGCUGGACCCCCUUCCUGAUCUUCACCUCGGUGUCGGUGGGACAGUUCUACAGCGGUUCUGGGCGGAGCGGCUUGGGUCCGGGCCCUCGUCCGUACGAGCGGCAGGUGCUGCUGGGCUUGCGGAUGGCCUCCUGGAACCAGAUCCUGGACCCGUGGGUCUACAUCCUGCUGCGCCGGGCGGUGCUGCGGAGGCUGUUCACUCUGCUGCAGUCACAGAGCUCCAGCCUCAGACACAGCAGCUCCUCCGCAAACUCCGCCAGACUGGACGCCUGUCUGCGCAGACGCACGCAGACCCCAUGCUGA